UCCUUUUAUUUCUUAAUUUCUUUGGAAAUUGUCCAAAAAAAACUCGAUUUUCUAGAAUCUUAUCUCGAACAAUUGAACAAAUAUACAAAAGGAAAUAGAAAAUCUUUGAACCACCAAACCUAACAAAAAUGGAUACCUUUUCAAGCUCCAUUUCAACGAACUUGCAAGUCCCUAAACCAUUCAAUCCCCACCACCACCUCAAACCCUCCCUUCUAUCCCCCCACCACCACAACCACCACCCUUCCUCCGCCGCAAAAACCACCUCCACGUCAUCAAUCUCCACCCACCCACAAAAAGACAACUUUACCCCUCUCUUCUCCUCCUAUUCCCAAAAAAGGACCCCCUCUCCUUUAUCAUCCGCAAGACUAACACCCCCACGCGCGUCAAUCCACCGCCGAGCAGCAAGUGGAUACGCCGCAGCGCUUUUGGAGAUAUCCCAAAGAAACGGUACCGUUUUGAAGGUUGAGAAGGACGUGAGGAGGCUAUUAAGACUCGUGUUUCGAAACAGCGAUGUGAAAGUGAGUAUGUUUAUGAAGGAUGAGUGGGUGGAGGAGAAAGAAAAGGGGGAAGUGGUUAUGGAGUUGAUGGAGAAGGCUAAGUUUGAAGGGCAUUUGGUUGGGUUAGUUAAGAUGUUGGUUAAAAAAGGACAAAGUGUUGAGUUGGUUAAAGAAGUUCUUGAAGAGUUUUUGAGGGUUUUUCAUCAGCUAACUUCUACUUCUGGUGUUAUUUCUCAUGCUCCAACUUCUAGGUUGGCUUUGUCUUAGAAAAUGUAAUACUUGAGGAAUGUUAAUUAAACUUCUUGUUUAUUUGAUCAUGCUUUGGUUUGACACUUUGAUUAAUAAGGUUUGAGUUUGAUUAGCAUUUGUUUACAUGAGGAGAGAAUUCUUUAGUUUGGCAUUUGUAUGUACUCCUAUUUAAGUAUUUUAUGUUCAUUUUGAAGGUGUUGGAACUUUGUGCUGUAAUAUUGAAUAAUGGACAGGUAUUUCUGGUUGUAAUAUUGAAUAAUGUGGUGGUGCUUGUGAGUGUCUUCACUCUACUGAAUCAUAUUUUUACAAAGUUUGUUUUGA